AUGGGCGAAUCCCGACAAGAAUUGCUGGCAUGGCUUAACAACCUGCUUCAGCUGAACCUUACCAAGAUUGAGCAAUGCGGAACUGGUGCUGCGCUCUGCCAGAUUUUCGAUUCGAUCUUCAUGGAUGUUCCCAUGUCCCGGGUCAAGUUCAACGUGAACACCGAAUACGCCUACCUUCAGAAUUUCAAAGUUCUCCAGAAUGUCUUCGCUCGCCACCAGGUCAACAAGCCAAUUCCCGUCCAAUCCCUCACAAAGUGCCGCAUGCAGGACAACCUUGAAUUCCUCCAGUGGGUGAAGAAAUACUGGGACCAACACUACCCCGGUGGUGAGUACGACUCCGUCGGCCGUCGCAAGGCUUCCGGCGCCCCCGCUUCUACCGGCGCUCCCGCAGCCCGUGCCCCCUCUGCAGGCAGCGCACGUCGUGGAGUAACCCCCACAACCGGCGGCGUCCGUCCCCGAGUUGGAGCGCCGAGCGGAGCGGCCACAUCUGCCCUACAGCAGGAAAUUGCGACACAGAGAGAAGCCAUCGCCGGGCUGGAAAAGGAGCGCGACUUCUACUUUGCCAAACUCCGCGAUAUCGAGUUACUUCUGCAGAGCGCCAUUGAAGCCGACCCCGAGAUCGAGAAGGAGGAAGAUACGCUUGUCAAGCACAUCCAGGGUAUCCUGUACUCGACCGAGGAUGGAUUUGAGAUCCCCGCUGAAGGGGAGGAGGUUGUGGCUGAUGAUCUCGAGACUUUCUAG